AUGCAAAUUAUGUUAUCCGUAGGAGCAUUUAAUAAGCUAGGGAUUCUCUACUCUGAUCGGGGCAAGCUUAAGGAGGCAGAGGAGAUAUACCAGCGAGCACUAGCAGGCUAUGAGAAGGCCCUAGGUCCAGAUCACACAUCUACUCUUAAUACUGUGAACGACCUAGGAAUUCUCUACUCUGAUCGGGGCAAGCUUAAGGAGGCAGAGGAGAUGUACCAGCGAGCACUAGCGGGGUACGAGAAGGCCCUAGGUCCAGAUCACAAAUCUACUCUUAAUACUAUGAACAACCUUGGCCUUCUCUACUCUAAUCAAGGGAAAUUAAAGGAGGCAGAGGAGAUGUACCAGCGAGCACUAGCAGGCUACGAGAAGGCCCUAGGUAUAGAUCACACAUCUAUUCUCAAUAUUAAGUUGAAGGAAGCAGAGGAGAUGUACCAGCGAGCACUGGCAGGGUACGAGAAGGCCCUAGGGCCGGACCACACAUUCACUCUCAAUACUGUGAACAACCUUGGCCUUCUCUACUCUGAUCAGGGCAAGUUCAAGGAGGCCGAGGAGAUGUACCAGCGAGCACUGGUGGGUAAGGAGAAAGCCCUAGGUCCAGAUCACACAUCCACUCUCAAUACUGUGAACAACCUCGGGAGUCUCUAUUUUAAUAAGGGCACGCUCAAAGAGGCCGAGGGGAUGUACCAGCGAGCACUGGCAGGCUACGAGAAGGCCCUAGGGCCAGAUCACACAUCCACUCUCAAUACUGUGAGCAACCUUAGGAAUCUCUACUCUGAUCAGGGCAAGCUUAAGGAGGCAGAGGAGAUGUACCAGCGAGCACUGGCAGGCAAGGAGAAGGCCCUAGGUCCACAUCACAAAAUGACCCAAUGA